AUGAACGCUGUGAUUGAUAACCUGAAGAAGAAUGUGAAUGAGGCGAAGACAAUGGCCGCGAAUAUGGACUGCCUCAUUCAGCGGGAAGCCCGGCCAAAGAUCGAGAGACUGCCAAUGGCUGAUUAUGUCCGGCAAACUUUAGCCUGGCCUCAAGAGCUUACCAACCUUCGCGAGACCCUGACUGCCACCAACGAGGAAUCGAAAGCGCGGCAGUGCGAGACAAUCGGACGACUGAAGCGAGAAAUCUUGAGACUUCGAGACGAAGCUGCGAAGACCGAAGAUAGGCAGAAAGCCACUGAGGUCGAGCAGAUGAAACGGAUACUUCGAGAAGAUGCUGCGAAAGCGAAGACUGAAGCUAGGCAAGAGGCCAUUGAAGUCGAGCAGAUGCGCCGGCAGCUCCAAGAGCAGGCACAGCAGCACACCCGCGAGAUCGAUCAUAGGCGUCGGCGGAAGCACGUAGCAGAAUAUUCGGCCGACGACUUAAGACGCUCUGUCAAAGCAUACGUCCAGGUUGUUCGACAACGACGCUCUCGAGAAGAACAGCGAUACUUUGCUAGCCCGGUAUGA